AUGUUCCUGGGCAAGUUCUUCAUUGCGGCUCUGGCCGUCGUCGGCGGGGUGAACCCCGUUGAGGCCCAGACCCAAAACAUCUUUAUUACUGGUGUUCCCGUCUCUGGAGGAGGAGCCGUUCCUGCUCGAAAGAACAUUAACGAUCUCCAGCGAACUGGUGGUCCUCAAUGGGAUCUCUACAUUCGCGCCCUCCGCUCCAUGUACGAUGCCAAGGAGACUGACCUCAAGUCUUACUUUCAGGUUGCCGGUAUCCACGGCAAGCCCUUUAUCCAGUGGAAUGGCGGUGGUGCCCGAGCCGGCAAUGGCUGGCCUGGAUACUGCCCCCACGGUGAAAGCCUGUUCCUGACCUGGCACCGUCCCUACGUCCUGCUCUUUGAGCAGAUCCUCGUCGAGCACGCCAAGAGACUCGCGAACCUCUACCCUACCAAGUACCGUCAGCAGUACGUCAAUGCCGCCAACACUCUCCGAUCUCCCUACUGGGACUGGGCCGUCGACGGCAUCCCCAACGCCGUUGUUCCCCAGAUGGUCAACGUCAAGGUCCCCAACGGCAGCGGCCUCAAGACUAUCAACAUGAAGAACCCCCUCUACACCUACACCUUCCCCAAGGACGCCGUUGCUGGCAAGUACGGACAGUGGGACGACGAGAACCGCUCUCGCAUGUACAGAUGCCCUGCUCCUGACAGCUUCCCCUCGACCGCCAACGGCCUCCUCCGCCAGCGACCCUACAAGCAGUGGACCUACGAUGUCCUCACCCACUCGACUAGCUUCGACGAGUUUGCUUCCACUGGCAACAGCGGUGCCUCUCUGGAGCAGAUCCACAACGCCAUUCACUGGGAUGCUGCCUGUGCUGGUCAGUUCCUGAUGGCCGAGUUCUCUGGCUUUGACCCCAUCUUCUGGAUGCACCACACCAACGUCGACCGUCUCUGGACCUACUGGCAGUUCAUGCACCCCGACAAGACCACCUUCACCCGCACCUACAGCGGUGGCUCUCGUUACUCUACUCCUCAGGGUACUCGCAUCUCCCCUAGCUCUCCUCUUCAGCCCUUCUACGCUGCCCGCGGCCGUUUCCACACCUCCGGCUCCGUCAACAGCAUCCGAAACUUCGGCUACACCUAUGCCGGUCUUGAGUACUGGCGCAUGUCCGGUAGUCAGCUCACCAGCUCUGCCCGCAGCACCAUCAACAGCCUGUACGGCACCAGCUCCCGUAAGCGUGGUCUUGAGGAGCGCGCUGAUGGCAAGACCACUCGUUACUUCGCCAAGGUCAGCCUCGAUGUCACCGAGGUUGAGCGCCCCUGCUCCGUCAACGUCUACGUCUCCGGCAAGCGAGUCGGUGGCCUUGUCGUGAUGCAGCAGCCUCAGGAGGGUAUCGUCCAUGGUGCCUUCUCCGUCGAUGACGCUGCCGACACCCCUCAGCUCCUCGGUGCCUGCUCCCCUACCAAGGUUGCCGACACCAUCACCACCGGCCUCCAGGUUGAGAUUGUCAAGAUCGACGGCUCCAAGAUUCCCCUGUCCGAGGUUCCCAGCCUCGAGCUCAGCCUUGAGAACGUCCCUUACACUCCUCCUGCCGCCGAGGACGAGCUCCCCAAGUACGGCGAGGCCAAGGAUCAGCCCGCCGAGGCCGUUGGCGUCUCCAACGUCAAGGCCCUCAAGGCUAUCAACGCUUGCGGCGGCAAGCUGCCUUCCUUCCAACCCCCCAACUAA